AUGGCCGGGACCUCCACCAAUGACUUCGGCCAGAACGGUGCACCCUUCUAUCUCGACCCGAACCAGCAGGACCUUCUCCUUGCCGCCCUCGCCUCUAACAAUCCAGAUCCGAGCAACCUGUUCUCGACCAACGACGCCAAAACUCAGCAAUCGCUGAACGGCUCGCAAUUCCCCUAUCCCAUCGAUGGCGGUAUCGACCCCAACUACUUUACAUCGCCACAGCAGAGUACACCAGCAAACAACUUUUCCAGCAACAAUGCCAACAUUGAAGAGAGCCCCUUUGUAGACUACCUCGACGGUGAUACAAGCUUCGACUUCGAGAAUGGAGACAGCGAGCUGAUGAUCGGCGAUUUGCCCGGCGAUAGCCCCGAAUCGUCGGAGAAGCGCAAGAGCCCAGAGGAUGAUGCUGAAGAUCCUGAUGGCGGCGGUAAGAGGAGGGAGCCCGAGGACAAGCAAGCGAAGAAGCCAGGCCGCAAACCCCUGACGUCUGAGCCAACGACUAAACGCAAAGCUCAGAACCGUGCUGCCCAAAGGGCCUUCAGGGAGCGUAAAGAAAAGCAUUUGAAGGAUCUCGAGACCAAGGUUUCCGAACUCGAGCAGGCAUCAGAUGCUGCGAACCAUGAAAACGGCUUGCUCCGUGGCCAGGUUCAGCGCCUCCAGAUGGAGCUUCGAGAGUACCGCAAGCGCUUGUCAUUGAACAGCACUGGCGUCAAUAGGACACCACCCAUGGCCGGAGGGUUCAGUUCUCUGCUUGGUAACAAUAACAAUGCUAACAGCCACUCUUCAUCUGCCUCGGGCAACUUCCAGUUCGAGUUCCCUCGUUUCGGUGGGCUGCCUGGCUCUCAUAUCCUCGACAAUGGGCCAUUGGCGAAGUCUUCCAAGUCUUCAGUACCCUCGCCAGCCGCUCCGAACAGGCACAACAGCAAUGGCAGUAGCCUAAGCCCUGGAAGCCAGUCCGUUUCCUCCAAUGCUGCCUCUCCCGACAAGAAUGGCAAAUCUUUCAAUAGCGCUCCUCGUGCCGGCAGCCUCAACAGCAUCUCCAAUGGAAAUGACUAUCUAUCGCACAACUCCAGCCGCCGCAACACUAACGCCUCGACAAAUCAAUCGCGCGUGUUCCAGUUCAACAGUGGCUCAUCCACAAAUUCGGAUUCGCCCUCCAAUUCAUCUACCUCUCAUGCUGGGCAGAAUUCGUCCUGCGACACUUCGCCCGAGCCUAGCCACAACUCGCCUAAGAAUCCUGUUGAUACUAUUACUGAAGGAUAUGUCUGUCAUGGGAACUCGGAAGGUGAGAUAACCUUCUGCGAAAAGCUUAACAUGGCCUGCGGAAACCCUCGCAACCCCGUCCCUCGUACGAUGUCACACUCUGACGUCAAAUCGCCCCCAGCAGUUCCUACCAAGACGCCUGUACCCGAUGUACAGGGCUUCGAUUUCUUCGCCAAUCAAAAUGGCGGCCAGUUCGAUCCGACCCUCUUCGGUGACUACCGCGACACCCAGAAUGCCAUUGUUGGAGAUGGCGACUUUACGAACGGCUUCUUCAACGAUGCCUUCCCCAUCACCGACUUCGGAAGCCCAUUCCACUUUGGUGAUACUCCAGCCAUCCAGAAACCCAAUCCCCUGGAGGAGAUCGAGCGCCUCCAAGACGGCGUGGACGACGAGGUCGUCCCAGGGGAGGACGUCUCGCAGAUGCUCAAUUGCCAUAAGAUUUGGGACAAACUGUCUAACCGCUCCGACUUCAAAGACGGCACCAUUGAUAUCGACAAUCUCUGCUCAGAGCUUCGAUCCAAGGCUCGUUGCUCGGAGAGUGGUGUCGUCGUCGACCACAAAGAUGUGGAGGCUGCGCUCAAGCGUCUGCCGGAGCAGAUGUAG